AUGCAGUUCGAGCACAUGGAAUCGCACGCAAUCAAUCAAAUGGCUAAUCCGAUGGUGGCGAUGAGCCAGUCGAGCCCGAUCCCCUCUUCGCAGCCCGGCCUCGCAGUCGCCCACGUGAUGAGCCCAUCUUGUAAUCAGGCCCUGCCGAGACAAGACAACCGACAACAAGGUGGCGGCAAAGCCGAUCGAAUCAAACGACCAAUGAACGCAUUUAUGGUCUGGUCAAGAGGUCAACGACGAAAAAUGGCCCAAGAAAAUCCAAAAAUGCACAACUCCGAAAUCUCCAAGCGUCUUGGCGCCGAAUGGAAGCUUUUGACUGAUCAGGAGAAGAAGCCAUACAUUGACGAGGCCAAACGUCUCCGAGCCCAGCACAUGAAAGAUCAUCCUGACUACAAGUACCGACCACGACGAAAGACUCCCCAAAAACCUGGUCAGGGCAAGCCCGAACAUUUCCGACCUGGUCAACAUCUUCCCGGUCAGCUUCCCGGUCGCAAUCAGCAAGGAAUUAUGUCCAACUACCAAGUCACCGAUUCGAUGGGCUCUUCUUACUACCCUGGAUAUCCCGUCCAAGUUCCCGGCUCAUACCCAAUGUACACUGAAGGCUCGUACCCAGUUUACGGAAACACAUCCUGGGGACAGCCCGGAUCGCCCGGCGCCAACCCUCAAGACGCGCCAGUUCAAUUCCCGAAGGACCCGUCAGGCUCGCCGCUGGCGUACCCGCCGCAGAACGUCUCCCCUAGUGGACAGUCCCAAAGCGCUGCGCACCAGAUCCAAGGCGCGUACCACAUCUACGGCUACCCAACAGUCGUACAAAGUCACGACGGACACUCGCUUGUCAAAUCCGAAUUGGAAGAAAACGGCGACGUGCAGGCUCACUACGUUCAGACUCAUCCAGAAGCCGUCCACCAAGGCUACAUGGUCCAGACCGCUCCGCUCUACUACGACACGCUGCCAGUUUCUUCCUCAGCCGAGGGCGAGAUCUCUCUCAACCUCGCUCACCAGACAACUCCACAGAACGUCGACCAGUACGCUGAACAAGUCCCACACGGCUCUUCCGUCGGCUCCGUCAGUCCCGAACACGUCAGCGGUCACCAGGUCAACCAGGCGAGCCCGAAAGUGGUCACUAGCAUCCCCUACAGCAUGAACCCCGAAGACCCCGCUGCUGCCAGUGGCAGUCCCGACGCCGGCUUCCACAACCAGUCCAGCUCCUCGGAAUACGCCUCCGCUACUUCCGAGUGCGUCCAGAACAUCUAA